AUGUCUAAAAUCAUCAGACAAUUCGACCAUGAAAACUCUGAUGGAGACUCGCAGCGUGCUGUAUUGUUGGGCAUACAGAAAGGAUUGAAACUAUGCUAUGAAGAUCAUCAGUUUCCAAGGGUAACCGUCGAAAUUAACUGUUUAGGGGCAAUAAAUAUGAUUCGAGGGAAGAAGAAAGUUCAGUUUAAGUAUAGAAAGAUUGUCGAAACUAUCUUGUUGACGAUGAAGCAGAGGUGGGAGGUCAAAGUGGAAUACGUAUACAAGGAGGCGAACAGACUGGCUAGCCGUUUAGCCACGGAAGCAUUUGAUUGUGCUAAAGUAGGUUGCAAUGAGGUGAAACAACUCUCCCCAGAAGCUCGAAGGCUUUUGAAAGAGGAUAUGAAGAAGAUGCCACAAAGGAAGGAAGAGGUCCAAAUUGGAGAACGGUGUGAGUCGUGCUGCUUUUGGGCGCUCUGUUUCCAACUUUUACCACAGAUGAGGACUAAUGUUACUAAAUUAACGGCAGCAUCUGUAAAGCUUCCAAAUUAA